AGGGCCUGCGUCCUGGGUGCGUCUGUGACGGGGGUGGGCAUUUGCUCUUCGGCUCUCUCCGGCUCUCGGGACCCUGCAGAGGAGAGUGAGAGGAGCCUCUGGAUCCGGCUCACUCCCGCCGCUCAGGCGUGCCUCUGACAGUGGAAGUGUUUUCGCCCUCCCCGAGAUCUUCUGGACCGCUCCUGCCUGUCCUCUCCCCCCCCACCCGGGGAAUCUGAAGGCCGAGCCUCCUGCCCGUCUGCUGGCCCCAGACUUGUCUGAGAUGCCUUCUCUGCCGUUUAGAUAGCGCCAGAAUGUUGAUCCGCCUUUAAUGUCGCAGCAGUUUACGGGUGGCUCUCCGGGUCCAACCCCUAACUCAAGCACAAAGAGCCUCAUUUUUUGACGCUCCCUGGUCCUGGAGUUCUUUCUGACACCCUUUGCGGAAGCAGUUUACCAGAUGCUCUGGGCAGUGAAUUCAAGGCCACUAAGCAGGUUCUCUUUACUUCUUUGGGCGUCUCCACCGUUUCCUGAUAAUCUGCCUGUCAGGUUUGGGUUUCUUGAGGCAACGUGCUUUACAUUCCUAUGCAAUGUCCCGGAAUUAUUCGGUCACACCAUGUGCGCCUUUUGGAAUGAAGUACGCCGCUAGCAGUGGGAUAGUAUCAGCAGUUAACUAAGAAGCGUGCUGUCUGCUACAGUGGAUAUUCAGUGAACUCCUUCUUUUUUUGUAGCAGGAGGCAGCAUUUUAGCUCAGUGGCUGUGCUUGAUGCCUUGAAGUUGGGGGCAGCGGAGAUCCUUUGUAAUUAAACCACUGGGGUCCGAAAUCUGUUGACGGGAAGAAAUCUAAAACAAAAAAGCUUGACAGCCAUGUCAUGUUUAAUAAUAUCUGCAGGUCAGAUUUCUAUAUAGAGACAAAUACGCCGUUUGCUUUUAUAUGCCAGUUAAAUGUAAUAUGGUGACAUUCUGUAGAUACUGAUGUGAAAUUUUAGCAGCUGCCUUGGAACCUCUCAAUCGGAUUUCUCAAUAAGUUAAUUCCUAGACAAUCAUGAUAAUCACCUUAUUUUUCCUUUGAUAAGUUUGACUGCUAUAAACUUAACCACUUUUUUCUAACAUCAGCCCACACCAUUUGUCAGUCUUAUUACCAAUUCUCCUUGAUGCCUAAAUUACAAAACCUUAGUCAUCUUAGAUUUCCCCUGUGCUUCAUCUCCGUAUUUCUUAUAUUACCGAAUCUCAUGGUUUCUUGAUUCAAAAAGUAACUUGGAUUUAUCCCUUUGAUUCUCAUUGUUGAAGCUGUAAGGCUGUUUUCUAGGACUUUGUUACCUCUUAGCUCACCCCCAGAAGGCUCAAAUAACAGUUCUGAAACAUAGCUUUUGUCAUGUUUACUUUUGAUGAACCUAGAAAGGCUCAGGACCAAAUUUCUGUGCUUGAGUUUCAAAGCCCUUUCUCUAUAACCUGGCCUAGUAAUUCCUAUGUAUGUGAUACGAUGGGAAAAGCCCAGGAUUUAGAGUAAGACCUCGAUUCAAAUACCAAGUGUGUCAUUGUACUAACACUGUGUCCUUGGGAAACUGAGCUUAUUGUUAUUCGAAACUCUUAUUUCGAAUAACAAUAUUUUUUCUUCCAGCCUCUUAAUUAUUGUGAGAAUUACAGUUGGCAUAAUGUGUGGCAAAGCUAUCAGACUUAAACAAACAAAAACAGUCUAAGCUAUUAUUGUUAUUUCUCAUUGUACUCAUUCAUUUCACAAACAUUUGAAAAUCUAAUGUAUGUCAGGUACUGGUGCUACAGCUAUGGAAGAUAGGCCUUGCCCUUAAGGGACUGUCUUUCAGGGAGCUUUCUGUGUGUGUGUGUGUGUGUGUGUGUGCGUGUGUGUGUGUGUGUGUGUGUACGGAGUAGGGUGGUAGAGUGCCUGACAAGGUCGAGUGUGAUAUAGGCUGUAGAAUAGGUAAGCCUAGGGUGAGCACCAAACCCAGAGGUGAGAGGAACCAGGCAGGGUUCCAGGAGGAAAUUAUAUUUGAACAGAGUCUCGAACUAUAACAAAGAUCCAGAAGGAGAAGGUGGGGAAGGGUGCCAUGAAAGAGACACUUUUAGAGAACUACAAGUUUUUUUUGACUACUAAGUUCAAAGAGGAGUAUCGGAGAUAGGACUGGAUAGGUAGACAGGGGUGAGAUUUGAAGGACUUUGUGUGCUAAGGGAAGUGUACAAAUUGAAGGAUUUUAAGCAGGCAGUUGGCCUGAUCACAGUUGCUUUUUGGAAGUUCAUUCUGGCUGCAGUGUGUGCCUCCUUACUGCAGUGUACAAAAGUUUCUUUUUGCCAUUGUGCUUUUCCUUAUUUUUUAUUUUUUUGCUGAGGAAGAUUCUCCCUGAGCUAACAUCCGCUGCCAAUCUUCCUCUUUUUGUAUGUGAGCCGCCACCACUGCAUAGCCACUGACAGGCAAGUGGUGUAGGUCAGUGCCUGGGAACUGAACCCAGGCUGCUGAAGCAGAGCAUGUGGAGCUUAACCACUGGGCCACUGGGGCUGGCCUUCCUUAUUUUCUUUACUCCACCCAGAAGGGCUUAUGACCUCUCCUCAUACCUUAAUACUAUUUAUCUUUCAUUAUCCAGUUCAGGUCCUAUUUCUGCUGUGAAGCAUCUUCCAAUUGUUUUAGCCCCCAUUACUUAUUUCCUUCUCUGAAAAACCCUAUUUGGAAUAGUUCCACACAGUUUAGUCUUUGUUUCCUGUGUGCUUAUGUCCCUAAGUAGAUUGUAAGCUCUUUGAGGAUAGGGAAUGUUUCCCUUAUGUGUAUGAAUAGGAGACAUGUUAAACACAAUACUAUGUUGCUUGGUCUCUUUCUACUUUGUUUUUCAGGGUGGGACCAGAUUAUGGGCAACAGUCCUUUUAAUUAAUCUAUCAUCAUCAUGGCUAAUGAGGGCUGUCCCAAGGCUGGUGAAAGUCCUUUUUCAUCAGAUAAACAUGCCCAACUCAUCUUGGCCCAGAUUAAUAAAAUGAGGAACGGACAGCAUUUCUGUGAUGUGCAGCUGCAAGUCGGGAAGGAAACUUUUAAAGUUCAUCGGCUGGUUUUGGCUGCCAGUAGCCCUUACUUUGCAGCUUUGUUCACUGGAGGAAUGAAGGAGUCCUCAAAAGAUGUUGUACAGAUUUUAGGAAUUGAAGCUGGAAUCUUUCAAAUACUUCUAGAUUUCAUUUACACAGGUAUAGUGAACAUAGGUGUGAAUAAUGUCCAGGAGUUGAUUGUUGCUGCAGACAUGCUACAGUUGACUGAAGUUGUCAAUCUUUGCUGUGAAUUUCUGAAAGGACAAAUUGAUCCACUGAACUGCAUUGGGAUCUUUCAGUUCUCUGAGCAAAUUGCCUGCCAUGAUCUUCUGGAAUUCACGGAAAACUACAUUCAUGUCCACUUCUUAGAGGUUCAUAGUGGGGAAGAGUUCCUGGCACUUACAAAAGAUCAGCUAGUCAAAAUCUUGCGAAGUGAAGAGCUUAGCAUUGAGGAUGAAUACCAGGUCUUCUUAGCUGCAAUGCAGUGGAUUCUGAAAGAUCUAGGAAAGAGAAGAAAACACGUGGUGGAAGUGCUAGACCCAAUUCGAUUCCCUUUAUUACCUCCUCAAAGGCUUUUAAAGUAUAUAGAAGGAGUAUCCGAUUUUAAUCUUCGUGUUGCAUUGCAAACACUUUUGAAAGAGUACUGUGACGUGUGCAAAUCUCCCAAAGAGAACAAGUUUUGUAGUUUUCUGCAGACAUCUAAGGUUCGACCUAGGAAGAAAGCAAGAAAGUACCUGUAUGCAGUAGGUGGAUAUACUCGGUUGCAGGGGGGUCGUUGGAGUGAUAGCAGAGCCCUCAGCUGUGUAGAACGUUUUGACACCUUUAGCCAAUACUGGACCACUGUGUCUUCACUUCAUCAGGCUCGAUGCGGACUGGGAGUAGCAGUUCUGGGAGGGAUGGUCUAUGCUAUUGGAGGUGAAAAGGAUUCAAUGAUUUUUGACUGUACUGAAUGCUAUGAUCCAGUUACUAAACAGUGGACAACUGUAGCUUCAAUGAAUCAACCCCGCUGUGGCUUAGGAGUCUGUGUGUGUUAUGGGGCUAUCUAUGCUUUGGGUGGAUGGGUUGGAGCUGAGAUAGGGAACACCAUUGAACGAUUUGAUCCUGAUGAAAAUAAAUGGGAAGUAGUUGGCAACAUGGCUAUGUCACGCUACUACUUUGGGUGCUGUGAAAUGCAAGGUUUAAUUUAUGUAGUUGGGGGCAUCAGCAAUGAAGGAAUAGAGCUUCGUUCUUUUGAAGUUUAUGAUCCACUUUCCAAGCGUUGGUCUCCACUUCCUCCAAUGGGAACCAGGAGAGCAUAUCUUGGAGUGGCUGUACUCAAUGACUGCAUCUAUUCUAUUGGCGGGUGGAAUGAGACACAAGGUGCUCUUCAUACUGUAGAAAAAUAUUCCUUCGAAGAGUGUUGCCACCAUGGAAAACAGUAUGGAGAUUCCUUAGAAAAUUAAGAAGUACCGUAUGAUCCAGCUAUUCCACUUCUGGAUAUCUAUCUGAAGAAUACAAAAACACUAAUUCAAAAAGAUAUAGGCAUCCCUAUGUUCACUGCAGCAUUGUUUACAAUAGCCAAGAUAUGGAAACAACCUAAGUGUCCAUCGAUGGAUGAAAGGAUAAAGAAGAUGUGGUAUAUAUACACAAUGGAAUACUACUCAGCCAUAGAAAAAAGAAUGAAAUCUUGCCAUUGGCAACAACAUGGAUGGACCUUGAGGGUAUUAUGCUAAGUAAAAUAAGUCAGAUGGAGAAAAACAAAUACUGUAUGAUUUCACUCAUGUGGAAUCCAAAAAGAAAUAAAACAAAUGAACAAACAAAACAAAACAGAAACAAACUCAUAGAUACAGAGAAUAGAUUGGUGGUUACCAGAGGAGUUGGGGGUGGGUGAAAUGGGUGAAGGGCAUCAAGUGUAUACUGAUAGAUGGUAACUAGACUUUUGGUGGUGAUCACUUUGCAGUGUAUACAGAUGUCAAAUUAUAAUGAUGUAAACCUAAAACUUAUAUAAUGUUGUAUACCAGUUUUACCUCAAUUUAAAAAAAUUGUAUAUAUUUAAUGUGUACAAUGUGAUGUUUUGAUAUACAUAUACAUUAUGAAAUAAUUACCACAAUCAAGCUAAUUAACAUAUCUAUCACAUCACAUAGUUCCCUUUUCCUUUUUUUGCGUGUAAUGAGAGCACUUAAGAUCUGCUUCCUUAGCAAAUUUCAAGUAUAUAAUCAGUAUUAUUAACUAUAGUCACCAUGUUGUCUAUUAGAUCUCCAGAACUUAUUAAUCCUGUGUAAUUGAAACUUUAUUCUCUGUGGUUCAGUUGGAUACUUUCUCUUGCUAUGUCUUCAAGUUCGUUAAUCUUCUGCAGUGUCUAAGCUUCUAAUUUGCAGUGUCUAAUCCCAUUUAGGGAAUUUUUCAGAUAUUAUAUUUUUUACUUCUAGAAGAUCGUUUUGGUUUUUUUUUUAAUGUCUUCCAUUUCUCUCCUCAUCAUGUUCAUGUUUUCCUUUAGAUUCCUUUUUUUUUUUUUUAAGAUUUUAUUUAUUUUUUCCCUCCAAAGCCCCAGUAGAUUGUUGUUUGUCAUAGCUGCACAUCCUUCUAGUUGCUGUAUGUGGGACGCGGCCUCAGCACGGCCGGAGAAGCGGUGCGUCCGUGCGCGCCCGGGAUCCAAACCCGGGCUGCCAGCAGCGGAGCGCACGCACUUAACCACUAAGCCACGGGGCCAGCCCUAGAUUCUUGAAUAUAUUUGUAAUAUCUGUUUUAAAGUCCUUGUCUGCUAAUUCCAUCAUCUCUGUCAUUUUUGGAUCUGUCUGUUGAAAUUUUUUCUUCCCAGUUUAAGUCACAUUUUUCCUACUUUUCACAUUUCUAGUAACUUUUCAUUAGAUGCUGGACAUUGUGAAUAUUAUGUUGCUGAGUAUUUGGAUUUUGUUUUCUUCCUUUAAGAAGAGUUUAGUUUUGGUAAGCAGUUAAAUUAUUUGUAAAUCAGAUGGAUUCUUUUGAUACUUGUUUUUAAGCUUUGUAGGGAAGGUUUAGAGUUGCCUUUCCUUUAGGUCUAGUUUAGCCCUACCACUAAAGCAUGACCCUUCUUGAGUCUCAGCUGAAUAUCCUAGCUGUUCAACAAGGUCUCUUCAUUUUGUCUGGUCAGAACUGGAAUAUCAUCCAGCCUUAUGUGAGCUCUGGGAAUUGUUCAGUUUAUAACUUCUCUAAAGGAAAACUGUUUCUCUACUUACAAUACUUUUGACAACAAAUGUGUAGGUUUUCUAGAUCAAGCUGUUCUACAGUUCUCUGUGGACACUAACUCAGUGUCCUACAAGUCAAUUCAGUUCUGACACCAAUUACCCUACAGGUUAAAGGUUCAGUCCCACAAGACUGCCCCCAACUUUAGACACCAGUCUCAAGUAGUGGGUCCUUAGGUUAACCACUGACUUGGUUACGUUGUCUGAGUUGGCUCCAAAUCAGAGAUUCCCAUGAUCCAUUCCUCAGGUUCAAUAAUUUGCUAUAAUAGCUCACAGAACUCAGGAAAACACUUUAUUUACUAUUACUGGUUUAUUAUAAAGGAUAUUAUAAAGGAUGCAAAUAAAUAGCCAGAUAAAGAGAUACAUAGGGUGAGGUCCAGAAGGAUAUCAAGUGCAGGAGCUUCUGUCUCUGAAGAGUUUGGGGGGGUGUGCCACUCUUUUGGCACAUGUAUGUGUUCACCAGUCUGGAAGCUCUUGGAACCCCAUAGUUUAGGGAUUUUUAUGGUGGCUUCAUCAUAUAGGCAUGAUCAAUUAUUAAUUCAACCUCUAGCCCCACUCUCCUCCCCGAAUGAUAAGGGUUGGAGCUGAAAGUUCCAAGCUUCUAAUCCUGGUUUAGUCUUUCUGUCCCCAUCCUGAAGCUAUUCAGGAGCCCACCAAGAGUUGCCUCAUUAGAACAAAAGACACUCCUAUCACCCAGGAAAUUCCAAUGGAUUUAGGAGCUCUGUGUCAGGAAUUGGGGUCAGAGACCAAAUAUAUAUUUUUUAUUGUGUCAUAUCCUCUCCUUAGUUGUUCUUUGCCUGUUCUCAUGGAGUCUCACUUUAUGUGUGCCCAGAUUAGCAGUAUUCAGCCAAAGACACAAUGGGACCUGUAUCCUCUGGCACUCUUCCUUGCAAAUCGCAGCUGCUUCAACCUCUCUAAACUCUGAUCUCUGUCUCCUAAAUCAGCUGGCUGUCAUGCUCUGCUUGGGAUCUCCUUCUGUGUACUGUUGUGCAGAAAGCCCCUCCAGGCAGAAAGUCUGGACAACCAUGGAGUUCACCUUGCUUGUUUCUUUUUCUCAGGGAUCACAGUUUCGCAUUGCCUGUUGUCCAUUGUCUGAGAACUUUGUUUCAUAUGUUUUGUCCAGUUUUCUAAGUUUUUAUGGCAGGAAGGCAGUCAUGGCUGAAAGUGGAACUCUUUCCUGUGUCCUUUUGACAUGUUCCCAUUAUUCAUUGAGCAUUUCUUUACUUUCUGGCAUAAUAAAAUAUUUCUAGCUCA